CGAAGAUCUUCCAAUCGGCGCUGGCGACGCUCAAAGGUGGACAAUUGCGUUCAUCAUAUACCAUCGCCCAAUGCAUAGUCAAUGCAUGAGAAAUUGGUGAGCUCCAGCCUCGGGCUUGUCCUACAUAUGUGUGGGACAUCCGCGCGCAUAACACCUUCCUUUCUGUUUCGCUUGUCCUCCAGGCGCCAUCUAGUAAACAUUUUUCAUAUCGUGUACUUGCCAUGUCUGCCGCAACAGUACUCAACGGCCAAAGCUCGACACUUGAGUCUGAUCACUCUCACCAUCACCAUAGCCACACAACCGACUUCCCGGAGAUCACCCCCGAGAAGCUUGCCAUCAUGAAGCUCGGAUCUUCACUCAACGACGACCGAGACGUCUUCUCGGAUCCAGGAACUCCUAGCAAGUAUGGCAAAAUCGGCUUCAGCAAGGGAGCUGCUGAGAGCAGCUCGAGAGCCCUCGCGCGCACUUCUCGACAAGUCAGCAGCACCACCCGACGCUCAAGCUCUUUCCUCCAUGGACAUCGCAACAAGAUGUCGAUGGAACUGACGCAUCAGGCCGAGGGCAAGUUCUUCUCGCUGAUCGAACUCAUGUCCAAUGCUUCGAAGGAGGCCUCAUCUCUCAAGGAAUAUUGGGCUCGCCUCAUGUCUGACCGUGAGUCCUUCGAUCGCGAGCGUGAGGAACUCAUGUUGCAGAUCGAUGAGAUUUCCGAGACCCUCGAACAAAGAGACAGCCAGCAUCACCACCACGGCCGGGAGCUUGCCGAGAGGAAGAAGGAAGUUGAGAAGCUUCUCAUCGAGCUGUCUUCUGCUCUGAACAACAUCACCAUCGAGAAGAAGAAAGUUCACGAACGUGAUCACGAGCUCGAGCGCAGUCGUGCAGAGUUGAGUGACGUGAGGAUCACCAUCUCGCGCAACCAGAUCGAACAUGACAGGAUCAAAGCCGAGCUUGAGAGUGCCUUCGCCCGCAUCAAGCACAUCGAGAGCGAACGCGAUCAUGCUCGAGAGGAUACCGAGAAGUAUCGUGGCGAGCUGCGCACCUUCACGCGCGAACAUGCAGAGCUCAAGAGCAAGAACAUCGACCUCGUCGACCGUCUCGACUCAUCCCGCAAAGAAGUCUCUACCUUGACAAGCCGCUUGUCCGCAUGGGAGCAUGAGCGCGACACAUAUCUUGUCGAGAAGGACAGACUCAGAGAAGAGCUUCGCAAGAUCACUGUCCGAUCGGAGGAGACUUUUCGCGAGCUCGGUGAGUUGACUGACAGGUAUGAGCGUUUGCAACGCGAGUCCCGCCAGAUCAAGGAGAGCAUGCACUUCGUUGAGUCCGAGCGUGAUGAUCAUGCCACCACGAUCGACCGCCUCCGUGUCGAGCUCAGGACCAAGACUACAAGCAUCGAAGACGUCGAGGCACGCCUCGCAGACAUCACCUUGAAGUAUGAGCAGUCCAAGAGAGAGGUCACCAGCAGAGACGACAGGCUUCGCGAUGUUGAGUCUGAGCUGCAUGACCUUCGUCACCGCAUCGAGCGUCACCAUGAAGAGCACCGCACUAUCAUCAUCGAGCGCGACCAGCUCAAGGACGACCUCGAUCACGAGCGACACACCUCCUCUGACCGCCAGCGUGAGAUCACUGUCCUCCAGGACACCCUUACUCGCACCGAGUCCACCCUCAGCGAAGUGCGCUCCGAAGUCGUCAGCCUCACCGAACGCAUCAAGCACAUCGAGCACGAGCGUGACGAUGCCCGUCACCACCACGGCCACUUGACCACCGAAAUCCAUCAAUUGAAGGAGCGCCUCACGAUCGUCCAGACUGAGGUCCGCACCUUGACAGACCAGCGUGACCGUGCUCGCCACGAGCUCGAAGAUGUCAAGCGUCGCUACGAAGAAUACACCGAAACCAUCAACGAAUACAAAGACGACAGCGGCGAACUCGAAUACGAAAUCGAUAACCUUCGCACCAUGCUUCGUGAAGCCCGCGAGCAAAAGGAGCGUGCCAUCGCCGCUCGUGCUGCCGCCGAUCGUGAACGAGACGAGUAUGUCGCCAAGUAUGAGGACAAGUGCCGAGAGAUGGAAAAGUAUGAAGAGUCUCAAAGGACUCACUACCACUCACACGCACACGGAAGGAGUGGUGGCGGAUCCUCCGUCACCAGGACGGUCACGCGAAGCGGGUCGUCUUAUCAAAAGCAUGCGUCGGUGGAUGCCAAUGGGCAUGAGUAGGAAAAGCAGUAUAAGAGAGAGAUUGUCGCCUAUUAUGGAGUGAUGGUGAGGAUAAUGCAGUGUUGACGACAUGACGGAUUUCGUGUGUAUGACGGGGAAGGUUUCGUAGUCCUUUGUAUGAGAUUUCCUUGCAAUGGCGUUGAUGAUGCUCGUUUGCCGUGAGGCCUCGUUUGCUUCGUGGGCAUUGCGUUGCUGUGAUGUCUUGGCUUCCUCUCUGAGCUGGCG